AUGUUUGAAGAUGAUGCAUAUGUUGACGUUUCACAGACUGGAUUAUCCGGGAAGAUUAUUGAAGGUGCCGAUGAAUUUGCCAUAAAGAAUUUGGCGGGAACUAAAACAAUGAAUCUAUUCGAAUUUUUCUCAUCUAUGAACCUUAAUUCAAGAUAA